UUCUCGUACUGCUAUCCAUGAGUUAAUGCACAGUCUCGGGGUAUUUCAUGAACAAAAUCGGAUUGCUUCCUAACGAUUUAAUGCGUAAAUUUAUUUUUUCAUGUAUGAUCGCGAUGAAUACAUCGAAGUACUCUUUGACAAUCUUGAUCCUGACACUGUUUUACAAUAUGCAAAACAAAGUAGAGCAACUUUGGAGACUUAUGGAGAACCCUAUGAUUAUGGCUCAAUUAUGCAUUAUUCACUACGUGCAGGAACGAAGUAUGGCUUACGUGCUUUUCGAGUACUUGGAUCAUACGAUGAGAACGCUAUUGGUAAAUACAAAACUCCAAGCCGUAUAGACAUACGUAAGCUCAACAAGUUAUACGGAUGCUCUCAAACCGACACGGCCGAUUCGAGGUAG